AUGGGCCAAGGGCAGAGCUCCAUCCCGACAACAGAGGUGGCGGCGCUCGUGGAGCUCUACGACGCGCUGAAUGGCGACCGCUGGCGCCGCCGCGACGGCUGGAAGCAGCCCACGCGCGACCCCGAGCAAUGGUUCGGCGUCGAAGUGGUCAUGGGCCACGUCGUGGCGCUAGAACUGCCAGCUAACCAACUGAGCGGGUGUCUACCAGCGGCCAGCCUUACGCGGCUGCCACAACUCCGCGUGCUCGAUCUGUCUAAGAACCAGCUGCGCGGCGAGAUCCCGGCUGAGCUAGGAACCCUCUCGAGCCUCAAGCGCGUGGAUCUGAGCUGUAAUGACCUCACGGGCGCAAUUCCGCGUCAGAUCGGCGAGUGCGGCCAGCUACAGGAGCUCAAUCUGUACCAGAACUCACUGUCCGGUUCCAUGCCCAAGGAAUUGGGCAAGCUUCAGAGUCUGAAGACACUGCAACUACAGCACAACAACCUGUGCGGGGCUUUACCCGAGGCUCUGUGUGAACUCUCGCAGCUCACCAAGUUCAGCGUGCGGGGCAACUGCCUCACGGGACGCAUUCCGGCGGACAUCGGCCGCUUGCAAUCACUCGUGUUCCUCUCACUACGCAAUAACGAGCUGACGGAUGUCAUCCCGCCGUCGAUUGGCUGCUGCAAGGCGCUUGAGUUCCUCAAUCUGUCCAGUAACCAGCUCAGCGGUCCCAUUCCCGAGACGCUGGGCGACCUGGAAGACCUCGAGUAUCUCUACUUGUUCGAUAACGCACUUGAAGGCCGCGUGCCGGGCAGCAUCGCGCGACUUAAGUUCCUUAAAGAGUCCGACUUCCGCGACAACCGUCUGCGUGGUGAGCUACCCAACUUCCUGGACGGGUGCUCUAGUCUUGAAGCCGUCAUGACCAAGUGGAAAAACCGUAAAGCCAGCUACCGCCACGCCGUCCUAGGAGACCCUAUGCCCACUCCCGAUACGCCGCCUACAUCGUCGCACCAGUUCUUACAAACACUUGAAGAUCCACCCUCCAAUUCGUCCGCCACCUUCUUGAGCCGAAGCUUCGACCACAAAGGCAGCAGCGGUGAGCCGCCCGACGGAACCCCAGAGGACGACCCUGCUAACAACUCCCAUCUCGUCGCCGAAUUCUCGCGGAAGCGCGUCUUUCACCUCUCUGCAGUGCAGACUAAAUGA